AUGUUCUUUGAAGAGUUUUGUGUUAUGCUAACCGGUGUCAUCUGCGACCCUAGGAUACCGGUGAAGCUAAAGGGCCUUGUGUACAAGAGCAUCAUCCGACCAGUCCUACUAUAUGGUAGCGAGACCUGGCCUGUCCUCGGAAGACAUGUCCAGCAGCUUCACGUCACCGAAAUGAAGAUGUUGCGAUGGAUGUGUGGCGUUACGCGAUUAGAUCGCAUACGUAACGAACACAUUCGUGGCAGCCUUGGAAUUCGUGACGUAGCGGAUAAGCUGCAGGAAAGUCGCCUCCGAUGGUAUGGCCAUAUAAGCCGCAGACCAGUAGACUACGUCGGAAAUAGAUGCCUCAACCUCACUGUCCAAGGCCCUAGUUCACGCGGCCGCGGUAGGCCUAAGAAGCGCUGGCUGGAGGUCGUGAGAGCGGACAUGGUGGAGAGCAAUCUCACAUCUGAGGAUGCCGAAGAUCGGGCAAAGUGGAGAAGAUUAAGUAGGAGAGCGGACCCUGGCGCUAGGCCGGGAAAACGCUAGGUUGAAGAAGAAGAAGAUU